UAGCCCUAAACCUACAUUACGAGAUGCGCACUCAUGCGAGGUCUCCGCGAGAGCUCUGCGUGCCUUCGCUCUGCAGCGAUACACUCGUAGCUGGAGCCGGAGAUAACCGAAUGGGGCGGAUCAAAAUCUGCGCGUCCUGACCCUCGCUCUAUACAGCGAGACCCGCCGCUGAACCGAGAUGGACCGAGGCACGGAGAACGACCGCAUUGUAAACGCCUUCGACAACAUCGUCAAAAAAGAGCUCAACAGAGUGGAAAAGGAGCUCAACCGGUUCAAGAAGAGGCUGGGCGAAACACGCUUGCAGGGGAGCAAUGGAAAUAACGAGAAAGCUGAACUCUGGAACAUAGCCGGCUUGCUAAUCUUUGGAAAUAAAUCGGACGCUAACAACACGAUCCAAGAAACCUCUGAGAUGUCCUCCGAGAAGAGCGUGCCAGGUGAGGGGGCUCGAGAGGCUGAACUCCAGGCUGCACCUGUCACGGGUCCAUCGGAUACAUCACCUGUCACCUCCAGUGCACCUGCAGACAAUACCCCUGAGAUUGCUGAAGACACUGCACCUGCCACCUCCACUGCUCAAGAUCACAAUAUCCCUGAGAUUACAGGAGACACUGCACCUGCCACCUGCACUGCUCAAGAUCACAAUAUCCCUGAGAUUACAGGAGACACUGCACCUGUCACCUCCACUGCUCAAGAUCACAAUAUCCCUGAGAUUACAGGAGACACUGCACCUGCCACCUCCACUGCUCAAGAUUACAAUAUCCCUGAGAUUACAGGAGACACUGCACCUGUCACCUCCACUGCUCAAGAUUACAAUAUCCCUGAGAUUACAGGAGACACUGCACCUGCCACCUGCACUGCUCAAGAUCACAAUAUCCCUGAGAUUACAGGAGACACUGCACCUGUCACCUGCACUGCUCAAGAUCACAAUAUCCCUGAGAUUACAGGAGACACUGCACCUGUCACCUGCACUGCUCAAGAUCACAAUAUCCCUGAGAUUACAGGAGACACUGCACCUGCCACCACUGCUCAAGAUCACAAUAUCCCUGAGAUUGCUGAAGACACUGCACCUGUCACCUCCACUGCUCAAGAUCACAAUAUCCCUGAGAUUACAGGAGACACUGCACCUGUCACCACUGCUCAAGAUCACAAUAUCCCUGAGACUGCUGAAGACACUGCAUCUGUCAUGGGUCCAUCACAUACAUCACCUGUCGAAUCCACUCCUCCAGACUCUACAGUUCCUGAGGAUCCAGCAAACAGCCCAUCCACUACCCCAGCAUCUGUGUCUCCUCCUGGAGAGAUAAAGAUAGACUCAGUGGAAAUCGAUUCUGUCUCUCUGAGCUGGGGCAGUCCUGACAAUAUGUAUGGGAUCCCACACAGCUUUCACAUUACCUACUCUAGCUCUGAUAAGAGUCACCAAGACAUGACCACUGCACCCUCCAAUUCCACUGUCAUCUCUAAGCUGAGACCUGGGAGAGAGUACAGCUUCACAGUCACCACAGUGCUGAAGAAUGGGACCCAGAGCACGCCUGUUUCAACAUCUGUCUGCACUAAACCGUCUCCUCCUGGAGAGAUAAAGAUAGACUCAGUGGAAAUCGACUCUGUCUCCCUGAGCUGGAGCAGUCCUGACAAUAUGGAUGGGAUCCCACACACCUUUUACAUUACCUACUCUAGCUCUGAUAAGAGUCACCAAGACAUGACCACUGCACCCUCCAAUUCCACUGUCAUCUCUAAGCUGAGACCUGGGAGAGAGUACAGCUUCACAGUCACCACAGUGCUGAAGAAUGGGAUCCAGAGCAGGCCUGUUUCAACAGCUGUCUGCACAAAACCGUCUCCUCCUGGGAAGAUAAAGAUAGACUCAGUGGAAAUCGACUCUGUUUCUCUGAGCUGGGGCAGGCCUGCUGGUAUGAAAGAGAUCCCUCACAGUUUUAAAAUCACCUAUUCAAGCUCUGCCAAGGACAACACUCUUUCCAUCACUGCACCCUCCAAUUCCACUGUCAUCUCUAAGAUGAGACCUGGGAGAGAGUACAGCUUCACAGUCACCACAGUGCUGGAGAAUGGGACCCAGAGCACGCCUGUUUCAACAUCUGUCUGUACAAAAUCGCAAUUCGUGGACGAGCACCGCUGCGCUUUGAUCCAGAGGGUGGUGUCUGUGGAGACCAUUGCUGAUGCCCUACUGGAAAAGCGAAUGCUCCAAGAAACGCAGUACGAUGAGAUAUUAGCGGAGAAGGUUUCCUCAGCCCAGAUGAGAUUGCUCUACAAGUUCGCCAGGGCAUGGGGAAACAGCGAGAAAGACGUGUUCUUGGAAAUCCUGAAAGAACAGCAGCCACACCUGAUCAAGGAUCUGCAGGGAGAUUAAAACCCUUUCUCCAUUUUCCAUGGAAACCGAUAGCGUCAAUAUCAUUUCAGAUACAUGAUUCCUGUGGACAUUUUAAUAGAGAUUGGUUUUAAUUAAACACAGAACUGAUCAUUUGUUUAUCACAAAUUUAACUUUUUGUUUUCUGGAAAACAUUAAGCAAUACAUCAAAAAAUGAUUUCAUAAUAUGUUCUUGUUUUUUUUAACAUCAUCAUUAAAAAUCGAAUUCAGUCUCCUAUCCAGUUUCAUCACAGUCUUCUAGUCCUUGUAGAAUCUCUCAGGUGGGUAACAUUUUACAGCAACAUAACAAACAAAAGUUUUUUUUUUUUCAGUAUUUUAAAAACAUGUUGCGCUUCCAUGUUAAUUAGGUAGAAUGUCUAUUAUUGAAUUACGAUAAUAUUUUUUCUUCAUAUAAUAAAGCUGCUUCUUUCUAGAGCUCUUCAUGCUGAGCAAAAAGCCAGUCUGUACCAGUGAGAUAAUAAAUGUGUUUCAAAAUUUACAAUCUGAAAUUGGUCACUUCCAAUUCCUGGGCUCCGUGCUGCUGUGUGGAGAUCUCAAUGCCAGGACUGGCAGAGAGGUCGACUGCAUCAGCACAGAAGGGAACAGCCAUGUGAUUGGACAACAGAUCUCUUUGCACCACACACCCAAGAGUGGGAAACAGGUCCUGCAGCUCUGUAAAGGCCUGGGUCUGUACAUCAUUAACGGCAGGAUCAGAGGGGAUUCUCAGGGCAGAUAUGCAUUCAGCUCUGCUCUGGGUAAUAGCGUAAUGGACUAUGCUAUUACAGACAUGGACCCAGAAUCUAUUAAUGUAUUUAUAGUCCGGCAACAAACCCCCCUUAUCAGACCACUGCCAAAUAUACGCCUCUUUCUGGUUCGUGUUUUAAUCUCGCUGCUGUAAGAACAUAAGAAAGUUUACAAACGAGAGGAGGCCCCAUUCAGCCCAUCUUGCUCGUUUGGUUGUUAGUAGCUUAUUGAUCCCAGAAUCUCAUCAAGCAGCUUCUUGAAGGAUCCCAGGGUGUCAGCUUCAGCAACAUUACUGGGGAGUUGGUUCCAGACCCUCACAAUUCUCUGUGUAAAAAAAAGUGCCUCCUAUUUUCUGUUCUGAAUGCCCCUUUAUCUAAUCUCCAUUUGUGACCCCUGGUCCUUGUUUCUUUUUUCAGGUCCCCUGGGUCGACAUUGUCUAUACCUUUUAGGAUUUUGAAUGCUUGAAUCAGAGAAUCAAAGAGCCUUUAUCAUUCUAAUCUACAAUUAAUCUGAUAAUAUAAAAACCUCCUUAAAUCUAGUUUCUGACGCUGGCCUAGAGACACUGUUAUGAAGUCUCAAUUCGCAGCUACAGGACCGCAAAUCUACAGGCAAGACAAGAUUGGUCCUUGUUUCUUUUUUCAGGUCGAAAAAAUUCUCCUGGGUCGACAUUGUCAAUACCUUUUAGGAUUUUGAAUGCUUGAAUCAGAUCACCGCAUCGUCUAUAAACAGCAAAUAAAGUAUUGUGUGUUAUUUGUGUGUGUGUGUAUAUUAUCUAUCUAUCUA